GCCAAGGGUUAGGCUUUUUCGAGAACGAGGGGCAGGAUUGUCGCUCGGAAAAGAGCAGGAUCUCAUCUGUGACUCUGGAUUGUAAGGUGGUGUCCGGAUGCGCGUCUCAUUAGCCAGGAGUUCCAAUUGGGGUUUCACCAUCAGCAGCAGCCCUACGAGGGACCGCGUCAACCCAGGAAAAAAAUGCCAAGAUGGAGAAAGACAAGUUGUUUCCGGUCGUCGAAUGAACGAAGAGCACGAGCUGUUUCGUUGACCAGGGGGCGUGAGGAGCUGCCUAGAGUGGAGAGAUUGGCCAUGACGCGGGGCGGCAAGACGUCA